CCCAGCGCCGCCGGGCCGCGCGAGCCGCACGGGCGCCGAGGACGCGGCGCAGCGAGCGAGGGAGCCGGCGGGUGAGGCAGGACCAGGCCAUGGAGAGCCGAGUCCAGCGGGUUCGCGUCGCGUUUGCGUCCGGCCGCUCGCGCCCCGUUAGGUUCCGUCUCCAGCAGCUCGAAGCCCUGCGCAGGAUGGUGCAGGAGCGCGAGAAGGACAUCCUGGAGGCCAUCGCCGGCGACCUGUGCAAGAGUGAACUCAAUGCAUACAGUCAGGAAGUCAUUACCGUUCUUGGGGAACUUGAUCUUGUGCUGGAGAAUCUUCCCGAAUGGGUUGCUGCUAAACCAGCUAAGAAGAACCUGCUCACCAUGCUGGAUGAGGCCUAUGUUCAACCGGAGCCCUUGGGAGUCGUACUGAUUAUUGGAGCUUGGAACUACCCCUUUGUUCUCACCAUUCAGCCUCUGAUUGGAGCCAUUGCUGCAGGAAAUGCUGUCAUCAUCAAGCCUUCUGAACUAAGUGAAAAAACAGCUAAGAUCUUGGCUGAACUCCUCCCACGGUAUUUAGACCAGGACUUGUAUGUUGUUAUCAACGGUGGCGUCAAAGAAACCACAGAGCUCCUGAAGCAGCGAUUCGACCACAUUCUCUAUACGGGGAACACGGCAGUUGGAAAAAUUGUCAUGGAAGCUGCUGCCAAACAUCUGACCCCUGUGACUCUAGAACUAGGAGGGAAGAGCCCGUGUUAUGUUGACAAAGAUUGUGACCUGGACAUUGCCUGCAGGCGUAUAACUUGGGGGAAGUACAUGAAUUGUGGUCAGACCUGCAUUGCUCCUGACUACGUUCUCUGUGAACCGUCCCUCCAGAAUCAAAUUGUGCAGAAGAUUAAGGAAACUGUGAAGGAAUUUUAUGGAGAAAAUAUAAAAGAAUCUCCUGAUUAUGAGAGGAUCAUCAAUCUUCGUCAUUUUAAGAGGAUACUAAGUUUGCUUGAAGGACAGAAAAUAGCUUUCGGUGGGGAGACCGAUGAGGCCACACGCUAUAUAGCCCCUACAAUACUUAGUGAUGUUGAUCCUGAAAGCAGGGUAAUGCAAGAAGAAAUUUUUGGACCGAUUCUUCCAAUAGUUCCUGUAAAGAAUGCUGAUGAAGCCAUAAAAUUCAUAAACAGCCGUGAAAAGCCCCUGGCUUUCUACAUAUUUUCUCACAACGAUAAGCUUGUCAGACAGAUGAUCAACGGCACGUCCAGUGGUGGUGUCACAGCCAAUGAUGUCAUCAUGCACUUCACACUCAGCUCUUUACCCUUUGGAGGUGUGGGUUCUAGCGGGAUGGGCGCUUAUCACGGGAAAUACAGCUUUGAUACUUUUUCUCAUCAACGUCCCUGUUUACUAAAAAGUUUAAAGAGGGAAGGUGCUAACAAGCUCAGGUAUCCUCCCAACAGCCAGUCAAAAGUGGACUGGGCGAAAUUUUUCAUCUUGAAACGCUUCAACAAAGGAAAACUCAGUCUGCUGGUACUAACUUUCCUGGGCAUUUUGGCGGCUGUGCUUGUCAAGAAAUACCAAGCUGUGCUGAGGAGAAAGGCCCUGUUGAGUUUUCUGGGAGUUCAGACUGUAUUGUCCAAUAAGCAGUGAUGGCCAGCAGAUUCCAGGACCAGCUCUCUCUGUUAAGAGUGAGGUUGGAUACUACUGAAGAAGGAUCCUGUUCAACCUCCUAGAUGCCUUUACUGAGUUAUUUCUCUAUUAAAUACUUAAUGAACCAAUCGUUUUAAAAUCCUACCAAAAAUAGUAAGGAAAACUACAAAUGCACCAUAAUCAAAUCUAAAAGUCAUUGCCAUUCACCAUGGAUAAAACUUGCCAUGUCAGCCAAACUCCAGUCCUCCCCCCCACUGUUGGGUGACUCGGAGAAGCAAUUUGGCGUUGUGUCACCCAGACCUUAGAGCUUGAGUCUAGGGGAGGAGAUGUGUUACGCUAAACCCGGACUCUUUGGGAGAUGUAAAAGAGUCUCCGAACCUGUUGAGUGACUUCUUCAUUCCAGUUCAUGGGACACAGGGCACCCUGCCCCCACUGCUGCCUUAUGCCAUCUCUCUGUGGAGCCAUCAGCCUUUGGCUUCCAGAGAAGUGGAGCUAGAUCUUCCCAGCUCUGCUUAGGGUUUGAUGCACUGGAAUUGUAUAUGGGUUGGUGGUGGGAAUUGAUCCUGUCUCUCAUCCAUUGGGACAUAAGGAUUUGACGUUCGGGAGUCAACCCUCCUGUCAGUGCCAUCUGACCAGUGGUCUUCCUACUUUCUCAUCCAUUCUCCACCCUCUUGUGUUUUGUUGGGGACAGUUGUUUUGUGGCUGUCUACAAAUGCCUUUUGUGACUAAUACCAUGCAAAACAUCUUGUAUUUCCCAGGGCUUCCAGGGAAGACCGUUGCCAAUUUCACAAAAGUAUCAUCUGUUACUUCCUGUGUAGGCAUAGAAUUCUGCAUCUUACAAAACCUAACUGGUAUGAUUUUAUGCUGUAAUAAAAUGACUUAUAACAAUA